AUGCCGAUUGCUUCCAACCCCGCAGCCACCACCACCACCGUAAACGCUGAAGAGGCUCGCCCGGACACACCGUAUCCGGAAUCGACCACACCGAGGGCGGGGACGCCUGAGCCCAAGGCACUCUUGGCUGUGAUUCGCCAAAAGGAGCUGUGGGGAGAUGAAGGGCGCCCGCCCGGGAAUGGAACGGCCGACCGUACUGGGCACCAAAUGAGUCCUCUUCCAAUGGGUCCUCUGAAUUUGACAGAGAAAUACGACGUCCCCAAUGAAGAAGACGAUCGAGAAAUGGUUUCGAAACUUGACACGUCGCUAACACAUACCGUAAUCCUAAAGAAUGUUCUGGCGACUCUGUGA